CUAGAAGUUCUUGCACUACGUCGAUUCGGAGCGCCGCCCAGCAGGAACUGUUUGCAGGACCACAAGGGCACGCGCAAGAACAAGGUUGCGCCAGCACCUCCCUGCGCCGGUCGCAAGGCUGUGGCCCCUUUUCUUCAGAGGCCGGCACGACUAAAGACCACCACGAACAACUACGUGGAGCGGGUCCUCCAAAGCACCCGCAACCCCUUCGGCUUUCUUCUACGACCUUCAACGACCGCAUGGAAUCCGCGGAGGAGCUGCAUUUGGAGCCGAUAA